ACCGUCUUUCUUUCUGUGAAACUGAAUCGUAAAAGCGUUUCUGAAACUCUCGAUUUCCUUCCCUCAAUACAUAUACAAAAGCCAAGUCGGAUCACACAUAUAAAUACAGUUUUACAUGUUAAGCUUCCUGAAAAAGCUAGGGUUUUAUUGGAGCUUUGGUCGAUUGUAUGAUCCGAGUAUCAUCAAUCGAGACAUGUCUUCUUCUUCUUCCUCCGAAAUUAGGGCACAGAAGAAGCAACCGCCGUCUCCGAUCUCUUCUCUCCCCGAAGAAAUCUUCGUCGACAUCGUAGCGCGUGUCUCUCGAUCCUAUUACCCGACUCUCUCCCAAGUCUCCAGGCGUUUCCGAUCGCUCAUCGCUUCACCGGAGCUAUACGCGAGACGAUCCUUCUUGGGGUGCACAGAGCAGUUCAUCUACGUCGCAAUCUCCAAGGAUCAGACCUCUGACAUCCACUGGUUUACUCUUUGCAUCAAACCUAACAGAGAAACAACGAGUGAUCAUCGCUUGGUCCAUCUCCCUUCGCUCCCUCCGAUGCCUCUGCAGGGAAGCUACGUCGCCGUUGGUUCUAACAUCUUCGUGAUGGGUGGAUUUCAAGAUUGGAGCAUCACGUCGAGUGUUUCUCUCAUCGAUUGUAGAUCUCACACGUCUCGGCCUCUCGCUGAUAUGCCCAAGGCGGUUGCUGGUUCCGUGGCGCAAGUAAUUGAGGGAAAGAUUUAUGUAAUCGGAGGAUCAGAUGGUCAUUCGCCGAUGAAAUCAAGGUCAAGAACGAUGAUGGUGUUUGAUACAGAGACUGAGGUUUGGAAGCUUAAGCCGAGGCCAGAUUGGGAGCAAGGCAAAGUGUGGUUUAGUAGUGUGGCUAUGGGAGGUAAGAUUUACAUGAGGACUUGCUACAAUAGCUUCGUUUACGAUCCCAUUGCAGUUCCCAAUAGUUGCGUCGGAGAUGAGCUUCUGCACUCCAAGGAGUGGUCCGGUUCUUGUGUCAUCGAUGAUGUCUUGUAUUACUAUGACGUUCGUGGCAAGUGUUUGAGAGCUUAUGAUCCUAAGCUGAGAUCUUGGGGAGUUGUGAAAGGUUUGGAAGGUCUAUUGCCGCGGGGUUGUUCAUGGUCGAAAGCUGCGAGUUAUGGAGGUGGGAAAAUGGUUCUGUUCAUGCAGAAGGAAGAGAUCUGGUGUGCGGAGAUUGCCGUGGAGAGACGCCUAGGAGGAGGUGAUAUUUGGGGUACAGUUAAGUGGUGUGAAGUUGUGCUUGGUGGCAACUUUCGUAUUAUGGAUUGUGUACCUGUUGCUGUUCUUCUCUGAUCUUCUUGUGAAU